UGGACAGGUAAAGCUGGAGGUGUAUGGGAGUGUAGUCCUAACCGAUUUAGUUGGUUUAGUAUUUAAAAUACAUACAUUUUGAUCGUGGUACAUGUGCUUUGCGGACAGCCAGAGAGAAAUUCUACGCAACGAUUGAUUAUUUUUCAGAUGUUGCAAUCUCAGAUACGGACCUAAUAGAUUAAAGUCGACAUUCUCAGGAUAAAAAGGACCCCAUGAACAUGAAGAAAACAUACUCUGGCAUUGCGAGGUCCACUAGUGGCAGGCUGAGGAGGCCAGAGAGAGGAGAGGCAACAAGUCCCACUGCGCUUAAGAGGUCAUUUGAAGUGGAGGAGGAUACAUCCACAAACCCAUCCCCUCUUUCCCGAAGAACAACCAAUCCUUUGCGCUCCUCCACCUCUUCUACAAGCAGCCGUUUCCACGACAUGAGAUCGCUCAACUCCGAGUCCACCUCCAGGCACACUUCAGAUUCCUCCUCCUCCAACCAGCGCUCUCCAAAGUCCAGCCUGAGGCGCGUGGAGUUAUCGGGGGGCCGCGUCCCAGAGACUGUGUCACGCAGGACAGAGAUCUCCAUCGACAUCUCCUCCAAGCAGGUGGACAGCUCUCCCAGUCCCGGUAUUGCCCGCUUCGGCUUAAAGAGACCUGAGGUCUCGAUCCAGAGUAAAGCCACAGAUGGGCCUGUUCACAGAAGGGCUGAGGGUAACCACAGCAGACCCCAGGAACCUCCAACACCCCCUAGGAGAGCCGACCCACCAAUAUCCUCGUCCCGGAUCCCUGAGCUGUCCCAGAGGCGAGCAGAGCCUCCCAGCCCUCUUGAGAUCUCAGCUCCAUCUAGACGGGCUGAGGUGAACAUGAACCACAUUAACAGACAGCUGGACACACCGUCUCCUGCAAGGGAGUCAGAGAACAGCUUCAUCUCAGCAGCCAGCAUCACUCCUACCUUCAAUGAAUACAAAAGUCAUGACUAA